AUGGCAGCUAAUCUAGAGCGAUGCGACAGUGAUGUAGAAGAAGAUUACAUAGACAUGGAAGUAACUUCUUUCGCAAACCUUGUACGCAAAACUCUCAUCAACAACAACAACAACCCUCGAGAGUUCGAGUUCCAAAUGUCUCAUCUUUGUCCUCUCGAGAUAGACACAACCACUUCUCCCGCAGACGAGCUCUUCUACAAAGGCAAGCUUCUCCCUCUUCACCUGCCUCCACGUCUCCAAAUGGUCCAGAAGCUUCUAGAAGAUUACACCUUUGACGACGAAUUCUACAGCACGCCCUUAGCCACUGGAACGGUUACUACUCCGGUGACGAGCAACACUCCGUUUGAGUCUUGCACAGCCUCUCCGGCAGAGUCUUGUCAAGUGAGUAGAGAGCUUAACCCCGCAGACUAUUUCCUUGAAUAUUCAGAUUCAUUGGAGGAUGAUGAGAAGAAGAAAUCUUGGGGCAAGAAACUGAGAUUGAUCAAGCACUUGAGUUUUGGAACGAAGAUUAAAGCUUCGAGAGCUUACUUAAGAUCCUUCUUUGGAAAAUCAAGCUGUUCUGAUGAGUCAAGAGUUGCUGACGAAGGAUCGAUUUUGAGGUAUUCGCGAGUGCAGGCUCCUUUUGGAGAAAUCAAAACAGAGAGACCUAAAAAACAGAGUAAUAGUUCUAUUUGCCGCAGCCAUAGGAGGUCGUUUUCGGUUUCUAUGAGGAGACAACCUGCGAAGAUUUCCAACAACAAAUCAUCGACUGGCUUAGGGUUUCGUCCGCUGCAGUUUUUGAAGAGUUCGAGCUCAGAGAUUGAGAAUUCCAUUCAAGGAGCUAUCUUGCAUUGCAAGCAAUCUCAGCAACAAAAGCAGAAGCAGUAUACUGUGAAUGAGGUCGGAUUCUGUUCGUUGUCAGCUUCAAAAAUCGCAGCGACGGAUGAUCAAGAACGGGCUCAGCUGUUUAGGGGUUAA